GUACGAUCAGUACAGAUCGUAAUCCUGCCAGCAUGUCUAUUUUCGGUGAAGAUGUCUCCCCUCAUAGAAAAAAUUAGCGAUCACAAGGAUUUCAAGAAGCUUCUCAGGACACGGAAUAACAUAUUGGCGCUCUAUUCCAAAUCUGCUACCGCUGCUGAAAGUCCACUCAGGUUACUGUCCGAUGUGGCCCAAGCGGUGAAAGGACGAGGCACUAUAGCCUGGAUAGAUUGUGGCGAUGCAGAAAGCCGGAAAGUAUGCAGGAAGAUGAAGGUAGAUCCCAAUUCAAAGGAGAAAGGGGUGGAAUUAAUGCAUUAUAAGGAUGGUGCAUUUCAUACUGAAUAUAACCGAGCUGUCACAUUGAAGUCGGUGGUGGCCUUUCUAAAGGAUCCGGAGGGAGCUCCGUUGUGGGAGGAGGAUCCCCUUGCCAAAGAUGUUGUGCAUGUCGACAGUGAAAAGGAAUUCAGAAGGCUUCUAAAGAAAGAAGACCGACAUCUUCUGAUGAUGUUCUAUGCCCCAUGGUGUGGUGUUUGUAAGAGAAUGAUGCCAUCUUACCAGCAGGCAGCCACAGAACUGAAGGGCACAUAUGUACUUGCAGGAAUGAACGUCCACUCAGCUGAAUUUGACAAGAUAAAGGAAGAAUACAAUGUCCGAGGAUACCCCACCAUCUGCUACUUUGAGAAAGGAAAGUUCCUGUUCCAUUAUGAAAACUAUGGUGCUACUGCAAAGGAUAUAGCAGAGUGGCUGCAAAAUCCCCUGCCGCCUCAGCCACAGGCCCCUGAGACUCCCUGGGCAGAUGAGGAGAAUGCUGUUUAUCAUCUGACGGAUGAAGACUUUGACAAGUUUAUCAGGGAGCAUUCUUCUGUACUAGUGAUGUUUCACGCACCAUGGUGUGGGCACUGUAAGAAGAUGAAGCCAGAGUACGAGGAGGCCGCAGAGAUGCUUCAUGUAGCCAGUGAUAGUCCUGAUGUCCUCGCAGCAGUUGACGCUACUGUCAACAAGGCAGUGGCAGAGAGAUUUCACAUCUCGGGGUUCCCGACGUUGAAGUACUUUCAGGAUGGCGAGGAGAAGUAUACUCUGCCGCAUCUCAGAACUAAGAAGAAAAUCAUUGACUGGCUGCAAAACCCACAAGCACCACUUCCACCUGAACCAGCUUGGGAAGAAAAGCUAACAAGUGUUCUCCAUCUAGCUGGGGAAGACUUCAGGGAGUCUUUGAAGAAGAAGAAGCAUGCCCUUGUCAUGUUUUAUGCCCCAUGGUGUCCGCACUGUAAAAAUUCCAUCCCACAUUUCACAACAGCUGCAGAACUCUUUAAAGAAGAUCGAAAGAUUGCCUAUGCUGCAGUGGACUGUGCCAAAGAACAAAACCAUGAUCUGUGUAAACAGGAAGGUGUUGAUGGCUACCCCACCUUUAACUAUUACAACUACGGAAAGUUUGUAGAAAAGUAUAAUGGAGAGAGAGGAGAGUCUGGAUUUGCCACUUUCAUGCGAACCCUUAGAGAAAAAGACCAUGAAAGGGUAGGGAAGAAGAAGGAUGAAUUGUAAUUUCUGCCUCAAACGACAUUUUCCACUGCACUGUGAAGGGUCCCAGGUCCACUGUUACUGCACCUGAGAUUUCACAUACUCUAAAGACAAAGACUUUAAAAAAAGCCAACAGCUAUGGCCAUUUUGUACAAUUUUGAAAUUACUUGAUUUUUAAAGGACAAUAGAUUUGUUGCCAUAUUCUGUUUAAAAUCUAGCAUUUUCUCACCUUGUGAGAUUAUGCCCAUCAACACUCCUAUGCAAUAUUUUUGUAAUCUGUACUGUAUCUGUAGGUGAAGAUAUUUGAUGCAGUAAUUCUUCAUUUUUUCUUUUGAAGGAUCUGACAAUUCAUGAAAUAACUUGUUUGUUUUUUAAACUAGUGGAGGAAAAUAAGACUUGAGAAACAUAUCUGUUCAAAUGCCGUUUGGCAUUUUCGUGAAAUCGAUAUGUUUUUCAGAUAUGUUUGAG